GUCACUUCCAGGAAACUUUACCGAGCUCUCUGCCUUUCCUCGAAAUUUGUGCCCAACCGCUCGCUCUCUCGGACACUGUUUUUUUCUCAUUCCGAGUUUUGUGUGCGGCUACACCGUUCGCGCUGGCGCCCUAAGUUAUGCUCGAUCCGGCAGAGGUCGCCUCGUGUUUUCGUCACAACGACGCGAUUACGAACGGAUGGGGUGAUACCAUGGAAACUAUUCAGUACUGGCGACCCGAAGGUCAGCAGGGCCAACAGGGCGAGCAGGAGUUGGCGACGAAAAUGCUCCAAAUUCAGAGCAAGCGAUUCUACCUCGAUGUGAAACAGAACAGGCGGGGAAGAUUUAUCAAAGUAGCCGAGAUCGGAGCAGAUGGCAGGAGAAGUCAAAUAUUCUUGGCUCUCAGUACAGCGUCAGAAUUUCGUGAUCACCUCUCAUCAUUUAGCGAUUAUUAUGCAUCUCUUGGUCCACCGAAUUCGGAGAAUUUGCCGGACGAUGGGAAGCUCAAAUCAGAAAUGAUGGUUAAGGACAACAGACGAUAUUAUCUCGACCUUAAGGAAAAUUCCCGUGGUCGUUUCCUGCGGGUGAGUCACCCUGUUUCCCAAACGAUAACGCGGGGAGGUCCGAGGACGCAGAUUGCGAUACCGGCACAGGGAAUGAUAGAAUUUCGAGAUGCUCUUACGGAUCUUCUCGAAGAAUUCGGCACCGACGACGGCGGCUUCAAGGGCGAUUUGCCCGAAGGUCGCUACAUGCGCGUCGACAACAAGAAUUAUUAUUUCGAUAUUGGUCAGAACAAUCGUGGCAUCUAUAUGAGAAUUUCUGAGGUAAAGACAAACUUUAGAACAGCGAUAACAAUACCGGAAAAGUCAUGGGCGAGAUUCCGGGACAUAUUCGCAGACUAUUGCGACAAGAUGAAAGAAGGGGGUGGUGGAUUGGUGAUGUCGAGUGUCGGUGGGGGUGGAAGUACGAUGAACGAAGGAAAAGGAGGUUCGUCGGUGGUGACGCAGGUAGCUUCACCAACUUCGCAGCAACAGCAGCAGCCUAAUCCCAAUCCGAAUCUAGAAUCAACCUUACUCAAGUGAAAAAGGCUUUAACUUAACUUGAACAUUGGAUUUAUGACCGUAAAACGUUUUCAAUUCGUAAUGCGAACUAAGGGAACUUGUCGGAGUCCGUGUCGUCGUAAAUCGCAACAUUUUCAUCGUAAUCAUCGUCAUAAUAGUCCUCAAUUACGAGGAGCUCGUCAUUAUGAUACUUUUCGUAUUUCGCGUAAUCGACAUUUGUCGCCUCGUCUUCGUCCUCAAACUCACUGGUCGGUCAUCGUCAAUGAAAAAAGCAUGUGUAACAAGCAUCAUCGUCCUCGUGUUCCUGUUAUAUUCUCGAUACGAAAAAUCCGUCGCGUCCUCACGUUUCUCAAUUACAAAUGUCGCUUCAACACCAAUCUUUCAACGAUUUUUCAUUAUUACGACAAAACAAUACGUAUCGAACUAUUAUUACGUAAUCAUCGACCUUGUUGCUUCGUUAUUUCGCCCAGGGAUUUUAUUAUCGAGAUAAUAAGAUGAUGAACCGAUCGAGUUGGGCGGGGACGCGGUUCAAUCUUUCUCCGGUUCCCUCCACCGAAAUUCACAGCAACAUUAUUAUUAUUAUUCGUCAAUAAACUGAUCAACUGAUCAGGUUAAGAGACGAAGCAGGGGAGAUUAAUAUUGGAAAAUAACGAAAUCUAAAAGGAAAAGAAAAAAAGUGAACGCACCAUCGUUCUUUUUUUCCUUUCAUUUUCCAUUUCUUCGGGAUCAAUUUUGCUCAGAAUCCGUAUAUUUUGUUCAUUCAGUAUGUUUGAGCGUGUAAAACACGAUAAAAAUAUUCCUGUAUUUCUUCUAAAAAAAAUUCAUUUCCGUUUUCGAAUAAUUCAUUUUUUCUCUUUUUUUUUCUGUACGUUCGACAUCUCGCAUCAACGGAGUGUCUCUAUUUCUCGUGGGCGAAUAGUCGGGUUAUAGUGAAAAAAGGAUUCCGUUACAAUUGAAUUUGAUCGUUCAGAUUUUAUGGAUAAAAAAUGAAGAUAGUUGUUAUAUUAACGAUUAUGUCGCGUGUAAAAAUGCUGCUCGUCUUGAAAGUUACAUUUUUUUUCGAUUUUACAUGCACGUACACGGACGAACGAAUCUAUAGGGAAACGGAGGGAUGGCAAGGAGGCGAGGAGGAAACAUUGCGCGGACUUGGGGCUUUCAAAAAUUCGUUCGCCCAUUUCGAGUAUCUCCCUUAAGGAAGGAAAAUGACAAACGGAAUAAAAUCAAUCGUCUCGGGUCAAUAUUAAAUUCGUUCUCGCCUUGGAAAAUCGUGACACGAAAAUCACUCGUAAUCGACGUCUAUCGGAAAAUAAACGAAAAAGAUUUUAAAAACGGUGGGGGUGAAGGAGAAAAAAUUGGAUUGGAAAAAGUAAAAUAACGAUAAUAAUAAUGAUAUUGAAAUAAUAUAUAAAUCAUAGGAGAUGAAAAUGCUAGCCGGAUACAAAAACAAAUCUAUAUAAUAUGUACAUUAUAUAAACGACGUUAAUUAUGUGUUGAAUUUUUGCGUUUUUUUCGUGAGAAUAAAACGCACGAGAGGUGCCCCGAUGAUCAUCAUCCCCGUAUUCAAAAUGAUAUAAAAGUAAACGAGAAAAAAAAUGAAUUAAAAUAAAGAUACAACACUUUUAUACGGAACAUCGUGACGGUGAAGUUGACAAGAAAAACAAAACGGAAAUGAUACGCAGCAAACCAGAAUAGCGGAAAUAUAUUGGGACCGUGGGAGAGUAGAAAGAAGAAAAAUUCUCAAAAUUACGAAAAUGUUGAUAUGAGUAUUUGAAAAAUAUUGAAGAUCGUGUCGACACGUACCUAAAAAAACGAACAAACCAAAUUUCAAAACGGAAUGACAUUUGAAAACACAUACGGAAAAAAUCUACGAUCGAGCGACGACCGAUUUGAAAAAGAGAAACAGAAAAAAAAACAACAAAAAAUAAUUGCAUAUUAGGUAUGUAAUAUAUGAAUGCAUAUUAGGUAUUUAUAUAGAAUCUAUAUAACUGUAUAAUUGUAACGAAAUGCCAAUGUCCGUGGACCCAACCGAUUGUGCCCGAAAUCGCAGUUUUUUUGUUUCCGCAAUUUUUCUUUUUCUUUCCAGUUAUUUAAAACAAAAAAAAAACAUUCAUUCGAAUUGCUGUUAUCUUAUUAUCGGUGUUUAUUUUUGAUUUUCUUGUGCUCGAUGAAGUCCGAGCAGAUUAAGACGCGGUUGACGCAUUGCGAUUUUUCACUCAAUCGGUUCGGUCCCCUCCCGGGCGCAGGAAGCAAAGUGGGGGGAUAAAGGAAAACAUGAAGGGCAAAAGAAGAAUGCGAGUUAUGUUCGUGACACGGAUGAGAUGAAAUAAAUGAAUAAAAGGAGCGAGCAAAAUCUGAGAAAUAAUGGAAACAACGGAACGAUUGACAUGACGAAAUCGAGAGAGUAAUGAAGAAGCAUUAUGAGACCGAGUCCAAGACGGUUCAAAAACAUACACACACAGCUUCGUGAAUUUUUUUUUCGAGUAAACGAGGAUCUUAAAUACGCUUUUUUUUAUUCUCCAACGUUGCUGUGCUGAUAUCAUCAACCAAUAUAUGUGACGAAAAAGAGAAAAGCAUCGUGGUGAUGAGGGAGAAGUGAAAACUUGUAAAAUCGUUUUGUUUACGUUCUUUCUAUUGAAAAGAAAAAAAAGCGAAGAAUAAAAAAGAAAAACGCAAGUAAUAAUAAUAAUGAUAAAAUAACUAACGCUACAAGAAAAUAAAGUUGAAGACGACAGGACGAGAUGAAAAUUCUCGAAAUUUCGCACUGGUGCGAAAUCAUCGAUUAUAGUAGAGGAGAAAAAAGUGGGUUGAGUUUGAAGCGAUUAUAUUAUAUGCAUAAAUGAGAAAAAAAGAAACACAGACAAAGUGCUAUUUAAGCAGGGCGUGAAGCAGCCCUGAAAAAAACGUAAAAAAAAAGUAACAAAAUGAAUACGAAAUGAAAUAUUAUUUAUAUUUUUAGCGAUUCUCAAUUAUAAUCUAUUCCAAUUAGAUACUCGAUUGUUUCGCGAUUCUCCCUUUUCUUUUUAAACGACAUGAAAGAAAAACAAACAAACAAACAAAUUAAUCAACACAAUUUCGGCUGGUCUGAAUUUACCUUAGAAUGUAGGAUUCGACGAUUGUAAAACGCAAUAUAAAAAUCACAUGAUACGGGAGGAGGCGGGGGGGGGGGGGGGGGGAGGUUUCGAAUGGAGAACGCUCUUUGUAGGUUUUGUUUUUCCUCACGACUUCGACUCGACGCUCUCGAGUGCUUUGCGCGUUUGAGAGGAAAAUGAAGAAACUCAACAUAUUUUUUUUUUUUUUCCACCCCCGUUCAACGAGAACAGCGUUUUCUUUCGAGAUCAUUUAAAAUUUGUGUUUUCGAUGUUUACCGACGAGAAGGAUUAGCCACUCGAGAGGGUCGAAAGAGUGACAGCGAGGGAACCUCGAGAUUUGUGUAAUAGGCGAUAAAAAAAAAAAAAAAAAAAAAAAUACAAAAAUACAAGAAAAUACAAAAAAAAUGUUAUCGGACGUUCGAAUGGAAACGAAAAGGCAUAGAAAAAAUUGUUCACUGGCGCAGAUGGUAUGACACAUUGUGAUCUAUUAAAAAGAUAAAGAAAAAAAAAAGAAGAAAAAAAAUUACAAAAUAACAAAGCAUCAACAGGUAGUAAAUAUUUAAGGAUAUGUUAAAUAUUAAACUCGACAGAAACAUACAGGACACGCAUACACACACACAUACACCAACACAUUGACACAUAAAUAUGAGAGAGAUUCGAAAAUUUCUCGAUAAGUUUUCACUCGUGAGAGAGACACAAGUAAGCAUAAUAUAACUAAAGAAUGAGAAUAAUAAAUAUGACAUGAAAAAAUGAUUACACAAAACACACGAAGAAUUCUUCGAGCGUACACACUAAGCUGUACGCUUUUGAGCUCGAGCUAAAUAAAAACCGUAUAGACGA